ACCUUGGGUUGAGAGCACGAGUUGGAAGGGGCAUUUAUUAGUGGGGCAGUUGGGUGUCAGCGAUCAAAUAGAACGGUUGCAACUGAACGGAAAUAAAGAGCUACUGUGAACUCAACAAUUUUGGCGCAGCCGGUAGGAUCCGCGAAAUGGUGAGUGUGUGCGCCUGAUCCCAUUGUAAAUUUCUUUGGAAUAAAUGUGGAGCUAAUGUUGAGAUAAGUGAACAUAGAAUGAAGACGAAAUCCAGUGGGUUUCUAAUUUUAGAACUCAAGUGCGUAGAGGCUUAAAUUUUGGCGGGAAUGCAGGCGUGCAUAAUUUUGCUGCGUUGGGCAUAAGAUUCAUUGUGGAAUAAAUUGAAACGAAGCAUUUGAACGGUGUAUGAAUUAACGGUGUAAAGGUAAAAUCGAGCCUAGAGGGAAAUUUACAAUGUUAGUGUGCUGAAGCGAGUCCAGAGAAAUCUGCAGCGCUAGUGUGUAAAAGCGAGCCCGGUACAACCGUAGCGCUGUUCUUAGAAGCGAGUCCAGAAAAAUCUGCAGCGCUAGUGUGUGAAAGCGAGCCCGGUACAACCGUAGCGCUGUUCUUAGAAGCGAGUCCAGAAAAAAUCUGCAGCGCUAGUGUGUGAAAGCGAGUCCGGUACAACCGUAGCGCUAUUCUUUAGAAACGAGUUAAAAAAAACUGCAGCACUCGUGUGUGAAAGAUGAAUGUAUAUGUUAGAAUUGGUCGGGGAAAUUCGAAGAAUAAUCUAUUGAAGCUAACCCGCAGCAAGUCGUACUGAUGAUUUUCCAGCUUGAAGUUUGUCGGAAGUGUGAAGCCAACACGUAAAGCUAAACGCGGCACGCUAUUUUUGAUUACGGAAAAACACAAUUUCGAGACACACUGGCCUUAUAUAAAAGAAAAAGGAAAUCACACGCUUAUUUCAGUUCAAUAUUGUGUUAUUAAAAGAGAGGUUACUAUGAACCAGGACAAGCAAUUUAUUGUUCCAUUGGGACCCUUUAACGAUAAAGUGGAUUCUCACGACUUACGUCGCGAAUGGGAGGAAUGGCAUCGGGCCUUUGAGCUGAUCCUACAAAUGGGAAAAAAGAAAUCCCAAAGUCGUAAGCUGGUUAGCAUGCUAGCAAUGGGAGGUCGUGGAUUGCAACGCAUAUACUACAAUUUGCGUGCAGUACCGGGAGAAGUUGUUCCUAAGCCAAUUAAAGUGCCUAUGAUGCCGACUGAAAUACCGGAAUAUGAUAACGCAGUUAAGCGCCUACAACAUUUUUUCAUGGGAAAGCGGAAUGAGCGAGUGGAUUUGGAAGUUUUUCGAUCCCUUAGGCAGUUACCGGAGGAAUCCUUUAACACUUUUAUGCUGCGACUUCGAGCUCAAGCGGCGAGAUGCGAGUUUUCCGAGCGGGAGGAGAAAGAAUUACUACAACAAAUCACGAUCGGGGCACGCGAGGAAAAAGUACGGGACAAAGCCUUAGAGAACAUCAUGAAUCUAGAUGAAAUUAUUAUUUACGCAAUGAACCGUGAGAUUCUCCUACAACAACGGGAAAAACAUAAACCCUUUUCUGCUGGGACGGAAGUGAAUAGCAUUAAUCCCAGUCGCUCAAGGAAUCGGAACUUCAGCUCGAGUCGUGGCAUUGAACGCUAUCAGCGUUAUGGACGAACGCGACAGGAUAAUUUGGGUAAUGGGCGUUACUACGGUGCAUCGGUACACGGGUGCAAGCGGUGCGGUUCUUCUCGGCACUUCGAGGAUUCGCGAGAUUGUGUUGCUAGAAAUGCACGAUGUAAUAAUUGUGGAGGACAUGGACACUAUGCCAGAAAAUGCGACAAUCGAGUGAAACAAACUAAUCGAUUCUUUGGACGCGAUCGCAACCGUGAAUAUGGACGCGAGUUCAGUCGCGGAUUGAAAAGUAACACCAAUACAGUAGAUGUGGCAGUGACCAGCGAAGAGAAGGAUCAUAUUGCUAAGGUGGAAGCAAUUAAUUAUAACAAUGACUCCGUACUAUGUAUGAUAGAUGAUGUGCCCGUGGAAUUUAUCAUUGAUUCGGGUUCUUCGAUUAACGCUGUUACGGAAGAAGUAUGGCAUAAAUUGAUCUCCCAUAAGGCGAAAAUAUUUAAAAGGAAGUACCAAUGCGACCGUAAGUUUUAUGCUUAUGCAAAUAGUGAGCCGUUGAUGGUGACAGCGAUAUUCGAAGCGUUGAUAUCGGUCAAUCCGACAAAACCAACUAACUACGCAGAGUUCUUUGUGAUCAAGGGAGCGGGGAAAUGUCUUCUCAGCAAACGGACAUCGGAAGAUCUAAAAUUGCUAAGAAUUGGCCUUGAUGUACUUCAGGUUAACCCAGCUUUAGGCAAAGACACUAAACCAUUCCCAAAAUUCCCGGGAGUUCAAGUGAAGCUAUCUAUCGACCCUAACAUACCGCCAAAGAAGAUCGCUUAUUUGAGGAUCCCUGCUGCAAUGGAACAGAAGGUGGACAAUAAGAUAAAAGAAAUGCUUCAGAGUGACGUCAUAGAGAAGGUCGAAGGUCCAGCUGACUGGAUAUCACCCAUGGUGGUAGUUCCCAAAGGAAAGGACGAUAUCCGGAUAUGUAUAAAUAUGAAGCACCCAAACGAAGCCAUUCAGAGAGAACAUUAUCCUUUGCCCAUUAUCGACACGUUCUUGAAUAAACUUAAACACUCCAAGUUUUAUUCCCGGCUGGAUAUAACGUCGGCGUACCACCAUGUUGAGCUUCACCCUGACUCGCGAGGUGUCACAACCUUCAUGACAAACAUGGGGCUAAUGCGCUUUAAGCGCUUAAUGUUCGGUAUAAACUGUGCGCCGGAAAUCUUCCAAAGGAUUAUGACGGACAUGUUAAGUGGCAUUGACGGGGUGAUCGUAUAUAUCGAUGAUAUCGUCGUCUCAGGUAGCAACAGGGAGGAACACGAUAAACGGUUACAGCAAGUCUUGAGGGUACUAGAAGAAAAUAAUGCUAUGCUAAACCGGAGUAAAUUCGUUUUCGGAGUCGAGAAGUUAGAAAUACUGGGGUUUGAAGUAAGCGCCCAGGGCAUCAGCCCAUCCGAAGAGAAAGUAGCGGCAAUUAAGAAUUUUCGACCACCGUCAUCUAAGGAAGAAGUGCGCAGCUUUUUGGGCCUCCUCAACUUCGUUGGUCAUUUUAUCCCGAAUCUCUCCACAAGAACGGAACCGUUAAGAAAAUUUAUACGAGGAGAAGUAGAGAUGUUCGACAGGGAACAAAUGGAUGCUUUUGAUGAUUUGCGACUGGAGUUGUCCAAUAAUGUUCGAGAAUUAGGGUUUUAUGAUCCGCUUGAUGCUACGGCGGUAUACGUCGAUGCCUCACCUGUUGGACUCGGGGCAGUACUUACUCAAACAGAUCGACACACAAACAAACCCAGAAUAAUUUGCUUUGCUUCAAAAGGCUUGACCGCUGCUGAAAGAGUGUAUCCGCAAACACAACGGGAGGCGCUCGCAGUUGUAUGGGCGGUAGAGAAGCUUUACUUGUAUCUUUUCGGGACCCGAUUCACGAUCUUCACCGACCAUAAAACUCUGGAAUAUAUAUACGGCGGAAAACACCAGAACGGACGACGAGCCUGUUCCAGGGCAGAAGGUUGGGCACUGCGCCUGCAACCGUACGACUUUGAAAUUAAAUAUAUACCUGGAGCGACGAAUAUCGCGGAUAUCUUAUCUCGUCUGGUAUCUGAACCCGGGAAACAAUUCGAUGAAACAUCGGACCAUUUUCUGUUUUCUUUGCACGAAGGAUUUUCCGCGAUUACCUUGGAUGAAAUACGGCAAGAAACCACUGAAGACGAAAUACUUUUGGCAGUUAUGUCGGCUUUAGACACCAAGCAUUGGCCUCCGGAACUUUUUAGAUACCAAGCGUUCGAAAAGGAGCUAACUGUCAUAGACGGUAUUGUGGUGAGAGAUGAUCGUGUAGUACUACCAGCAAAAUUACGCACGAGAGCAUUGAAAAUAGCACAUCGUGGACAUCCUGGGAUUGUAGCGAUGCGAAGAAACAUACGUGAAAAAAUGUGGUGGCCGUGUAUGGAUCGGGAUGUGACAAAUGCUGUUCAGGAAUGUGCUGGUUGUGCGGCCGUAAGUAAGGAGUAUCCACCGGAACCAAUGAUACGCAAGGAAAUGCCGGAACGCGCGUGGCAAGAGAUCGCCAUUGAUUUCUUUUCAGCGAAAGAAUGUUCUACGUUUUUAGUCAUCGUCGAUUACUACAGUCGAUUCUUGAAGGUGAUAGAGAUGAAGAAUACUAAAGCGGCUAAAACAAUUGAAGCACUCGAAUCUGUUUUUCACGAGCAAACUUACCCUGAGACUAUCCGCAGUGAUAAUGGGCCACCGUUCACGAGCGAAGAGUUUUCGCAAUAUUGCAAAACUAAAAAUAUCAGAUUAGUGCGUACCAUACCUUAUUGGCCGCAAAUGAACGGAUUAGUUGAGAGACAAAAUCAAGGGGUUCUUCGAGCACUGCGUAUUGCCAAGGCAACCGGCAGCGACUGGCGGAAGGCGGUGGAAGAUUAUGUGUAUAUGUAUAACACAACACCGCACUCAGUAACUGAAAAAGCUUCGUUGGAACUAAUGACCGGCCGCCCAGUUAAGGAUCUCCUACCUUCACUAAGAACGGAUCCACAUUGGAGCAGAGAUGAGGAAGUACGAGAGAAAGAUGCCAUAAAGAAGAUGCAAGGUAAACUCUACACGGAUAAUCGCAGACAGGCCAAACAUGCUGAUAUCAAUGUCGGUGAUACCGUUAUGCUGCGAAACUUUGAAACGGGUAAGCUGGAACCAAAGUUUCGUCUCGAGAAGUUUAAGGUGCUGAAGAAAAUUGGAAGUGACACUAUCGUGGCUAAUGAAGAAGGUAUCACGUAUCGUCGAUCGGUGACGCACCUGCGGAAAUUCCCAUUACCGUCUGCAGAUUGCGCUGCAUCAGCCCACUCGGGAUCAAUACCACGAGAUAACUCCGAAAAUGACCCUGUAUCGAAAGAACAAAAACUGCAGGAAAACAAACGGAAGCGGGAGGUUGACCAAGAUCAGGUCUUGGCCAAGCGGCCAAUUAGGGAAAAGAGAGUUCCACUGAAGUUUUUGUAGUGAUCGGAAGUUUUUUUUUCUCUUCUCAAUUUCUAUUUUUUUUUUUUUUGUUUUAUUCGGAGAAGGAGAGAGAUGUAGAGUUUAAGCAUUAAAAUAUUUGAAAAUCGGAUAGGUGGCUACCUUGCUUAAACGAACCUUGGGUUGAGAGCACGAGUUGGAAGGGGCAUUUAUUAGUGGGGCAGUUGGGUGUCAGCGAUCAAAUAGAACGGUUGCAACUGAACGGAAAUAAAGAGCUACUGUGAACUCAACACUGCGGAUUUUCGCUUAACGAUAUCGAAGCCGUAAAGGCAGUGGUACAACCAGAAGUCCUUCACAUAUAAUUCUAUUUUCGGACGCAAACACUGGUGGUAACAGCGAACAUUGCAAAAAUGUAAGUCUGGGUAGCUGGACAGUAAAUUUCCUGUUGCGAUACUUCAUUAUGCUAUAUACAGUGGAGCGCCCGGUGGUGCAUGUGAUAAACGGCGCCAGUCCACACGGCCGGACCGGGUUCAAAUCCCAUCCGGACCGUCCCCCCGUAGCAAGGACUGACUAUCCGGCUACGUGGUAAAAUAAGUCUAGUAAGCCAGAAAUGGCCGGCGUGACCUGUAAGGUCGUUAAGCCAAGAAGACGAAGACAGUGGAGCGCCGAUUACCCGGGUACCUUUUAUCCGGCUGUCCCAUUAUCCGUGCAGCUCGGAAAUGACAGUUCCGAAGGAGUGUUGACGUAUGAAAUGCAAAACCGAUGAUAGCAAGAAAUACAAGCUUCAAGAGGGAAUGAUAUAAUUUGCUCAAGUUCGACUAAAUAGAACAGAUUUAUUUUGCAAAGCGCAUCUAAGAAAAUUAACAUCUAUCUUUAUAAAAAAAAGUCUACCCAUUACACACUAAACACUAAUAUUUAUCAGUAAGAGAAUUGUGCCUAUUAUCAGUGAUAUUCGCCUAUCCGGCAAGGGCUGAGUCCCGAUGAGCACGGAUAAUCGGUGAUCCACUGUAUGUAUUUCAUUUUCUAAAUCAAAAAAAUGAAAUAAAAAGCUUUAAACACAAAACAACACACAGAAAAUAAUAAAAAAGCUCUACACAGGUUAUAUAAAAAUGUAAACAGAAAAUAAAUGCUAAUGCAUUAUAGAGGAAUUUAAAGUGCAAAGAGGAAAAAACGAGGAAGAACUUUGAAUACCUGUAACCAUUGGUCAACUCAGACUAAAAGACUCAGACAAGUGAAACAAACGAUUAAAAAAGAGAAACAAACAACAAAAAACAAAAAGUGGAAACAAAAGUUUCCAAAAGAAGAAAACUUAGUAUAUCUUUUAUCUUGAAUGUUACAAACCUCACUGAAAAGAAGGUGGUUCUAUUUUCACUGUCUCGAUUGACACAUUAAGCGUCGCUUCAUGGCGCUGCCUAAAUCUAAAGCUGAAGUACAAUUAGCUUCUAGUUUGUUUUUUUUACUUGUUUUAUUCGUUUAGUAACUUUUAAAUGGUUAGCUUAGUUCUUUAGCUAGGUCCACAUUGGCCUAAAUAAUUAGGCGACAUUUGCUCAGCUUUGCAGCAACUUGGUGUAUGUCGCAGAGGCGCCCGUCUCUACACGACAGGACCGAUUUUCAAUUCACAUCGGGUCCUUACCUCCGUACGCAGGACAGACUCAGCCGUAUCGGGAAGGUUCGAUCGUUCCGGAAAGGUCGCCGCGAUGCACUCAUUUACACUGAUUCAUACCAAAAGCGCCUACUAGAUUGAAGAACAUGGAAUGUGUUUGAAAACAAGUGUUAUACACGCCGGCGAUCGUUCCCGUUUGUAUGGAGGGAAAUCCGCGACUUUUUGAGCAGCGGAUUCGGGGUGCUUAUGGUUGUGUUUAAAUAUUUCUAAUGAUGUUAUAGAACAUGAAUGUUGUGGCAAGUUUUAUGGCCAUUCAAAAUUAAGCAUAAAUAUGUUUUAAUUGCGAAUUUUUACAUAUUUUACUUAAACCCACGAAACUAAAUUUCGUAUUUUAGUUUUGAAAUUUAUGUAGCUUGAGAACAACACACAGGUUUUUUGUUUUCAGUACGCAAAUGAAAUUAAAAGGUAUAUCAAUUCUCAACGAAACUGCCUUUCAACUCAGUGAAUAACUGUUUGUUCAAAUACUAUCAUAUAGCUGUGCUACAAAAUGAGUUACACCCCGCGGCGACCUUUCCGGAACGAUCGAUUUCCCCGAUACGGCCGACUCUAUCUCCUUACAGUGUAGUGACCGGAGGAGGGAAUUACAAUUUCGGAUUACUUUAACACAUAACACACUCACAGUAUCAGUGUGACCAGAACUACCGAUUUAUCUGUAUUCCUACCGAUUUUUGAUUAGCCUACCGAUUCACAGACAAGCACCCCGAAACUACCGAUUUUUCAAGAAUCCUACCGAAAAUCACAGAUAUUUCUUAAUAUGGGUGAAGAAGUCAUUAGUGUCAUGAAUAAAUUGUCUAUAGACAAUGAAACACUGAAUGUUUCUCCCGAGGUUUGGCUCUUUUUGUGUCGCUGAGAACGACAAAAUUCACAACAUUUCAACAUUUCCAUUUACCCUGCGAACACCCC